UGCUGUAGCUGCGCUCUCAUACUGUCAUGGCGGCCCAGUGUCCGCUGCAUGUGUGUGUGAGUGUGUUGUGAUGUUCGCUGUGUGUUAGGAUGAGAGGGAUGAUGAUGAUGAAGAUGACGAUGAUGAGGAGGUGGGGGAUGAAGGCUCGGCUCGCGGCUGUCAGAUGCUUUCACGAGCGGACAGUGGCAGUGAGUUUAGCGGACAGGAGGAUGGAGAUCUCCACAGGAAAACUGGCCCGCUUCGCUGAUGGCUGUGCGGUGGUCAAGCUGGGUGAGACGUCAGUGAUGGUGACCGCGGUCAGUAAGACCAAACCGGCCGCUGCUCAGUUCAUGCCACUCGUGGUGGAUUACAGACAGAAAGCAGCGGCUGCAGGACGAAUCCCCACCAACUACCUGAGACGAGAACUGGGCACCACAGACUCCGAGAUCCUGACCAGCCGGCUGAUCGAUCGCUCCAUCAGGCCGCUGUUUCCCGCCGGAUACUUCUACGACACACAGGUGCUGUGUAAUAUCCUUGCUGCAGAUGGAGUCAAUGACCCUGAUGUUCUGGCCAUCAAUGGAGCGUCUGCGGCUCUGGCUCUGUCUGAUAUCCCCUGGAACGGACCCAUCGGAGCGGUGCGUGUGGGUCUCGUGGACGGGGAGUUCCUCAUUAACCCCACGCGCUCUGAGAUGAGCGGCAGCAAACUGAACCUGGUGAUCGCCGGAGCCCCGUCCAGUCACGUGGUGAUGAUGGAGGCGGCGGCGGAGAACGUCCUGCAGCAGGACUUCAGUCAUGCGGUGAAGCUCGGAGUCAAGCACACGCAGCAGAUCAUCCAGGUACUUCAGCGGAUGAGCAGAGAGAUGAAGAUCAGCAAACGCUCCCCUGUCAGACUCUUCACCGCCGCUGCUGAGAUGCUGGACUACACACGCCAGCUGGCGUCUGAUAAGAUCUACGCUGUAUUUACAGACUUCACACACGACAAGAUCUCGAGAGACGAGGCGAUUAAUAAGAUCCGUCUGGAGGCAGAGGAGCGCAUCAGAGAGCGCUUCCCUCAGUCCGAAUCGUUCGAGGUGGUGGAGGCCUUCAACAGCGUCUCCAGAGAGGUCUUCAGGAACCUGGUUCUCGAUGAAUACAGACGCUGUGACGGCAGAGAUCUGACGUCUCUGCGCAGUAUUUCCUGUGAGGUGGACGUGUUCAAGCCGCUCCACGGCUCGGCUCUGUUUCAGAGGGGUCAGACACAGGUGCUGUGCUCCGUCACCUUCGACUCGCUGGAGUCCAGCAUGAAGACAGACGUGAUCACCACCGCGCUCAGUGGAGUCAAAGACAAGAACUUCAUGCUGCACUAUGAGUUUCCACCGUAUGCCACCAAUGAGAUCGGGAAGGUGGGAGGAAUCAACCGGCGAGAGCUGGGUCACGGGGCGCUGGCGGAGAAGGCGCUGAGGCCCGUGGUUCCUCCAGAUUUCCCCUUCACCAUCCGUGUCACGUCUGAGGUGCUGGAGUCCAACGGAUCGUCCUCCAUGGCCUCGGUGUGCGGCGGCAGUCUGGCGCUCAUGGACGCAGGUGUGCCCAUCUCCUCAGCUGUGGCCGGAGUCGCCAUCGGCCUCAUAUCUAAAGCCCACCCUGAGAAAGCGUCAGAGAUCCAGGACUACAGACUCCUGACUGAUAUCCUGGGAAUAGAGGACUACAACGGAGACAUGGACUUCAAGAUGGCAGGCAGCAGUAAAGGGAUCACGGCUCUGCAGGCUGAUGUUAAAGUCCAGGGGCUUCCUCUGAAGAUCGUGAUGGAGGCCAUACAGCAGGCCACAGUGGCCAAACGGGAGAUUUUAGGCAUCAUGAACAAGGUCAUCUCUAAAGCCAGGAGCUCCAGGAAAGAGAACGGCCCGCUCGUUGAGAACAUCAAAGUGCCUCUAUCUAGAAGAGCUCUGUUCGUGGGUCCAGGAGGAUUCAAUCUGCGCAGACUGCAGGCUCAGACAGGUGUGACCAUCUCUCAGGUGGACGAGGAGACGUUCUCUGUGUUUGCUCCGACACCCGGGGCCAUGAGUGAAGCGCAGGAGUGGAUCCGAUCCGUCUGCAGAGAUGAUCAGGAGCAACAGCUGGAGUUCGGAGCCGUGUAUACAGCCACCAUCACAGAGAUCAGGGACAUCGGUGUGAUGGUGAAGCUCUAUCCCAACAUGAGCGCUGUGCUCCUGCACAACUCCCAGCUGGACCACAAGCGGAUCAAGCACCCCAGCGCUCUGGGACUGGAGGUCGGCCAGCAGAUCCAGGUCAAGUACUUCGGCCGUGACCCCACAGACGGCAGGAUGAGGCUGUCUCGUAAGGUGCUGCAGUCUCCAGCGGCGGCGGCGGUGAGGAGUCUGAGCGACAGACACAGCAUCUCUAUAGGAGCGUCCGGAGAGCAGAGCCCCGACUCAUAGAGCACCUCACCCUGUCUUUUAUAAUAAAUGCUAUUAUUACA